AUGUCUUGUAAUAAAUAUAUUUUGAGUUCAAUAAGAUGGAUUUCUAUGCAAUAUCAACUUGGUUGGCCUUUAAAUGAAACUGAAUGCAGUAGAAUAUCGUCAACCCUAACAUGUGUUUCAAAUGGAAAUGAAGAGAGCAUUAGUCAAAUAUCAAUGACCGAUUAUAUACAUACUCCAAUUCCACAGGGAAAACCAAUUAGUAUUCCAUAUCUUAGCUUUCCAAAUUUAAUAGAAAUCAUACUAAGGACAUCCAAUCCAGUUGCAGACCCAUCAGUUAAUUUUUUUGAAAAGUUGAAUUCGUAUGACAAUGCAAAUAUGAGGUUAUUGUACGUGUAUGAUUUAAAUGACCCUAUAGUAUUACCACCUAAUUUUGGAACCUUCUUUCCAAACUUAAACAUGAUAAUAAUGUCAAGAUGUAAAUUUGGGUCUAAUAUACCACAAACAAUAUUCAAUAAGAAUAUUAUUUACUUCUCACAAAUUGAUUCUAGUUUUAUAAGUGGGAACUUUCAAACUCUUUUUGAUCCAAAACAAAAGUUUAACUCAUUAAAUCAAUUAAUCUUAGUAUAUUCUGAUUAUAACCCAAUGCCUAUCACCCUUUUUAAUUUGACCAAAGAGACUGUGCCAAAUAUUUUUACAUUGUCACUCAGAGUAUCUCAACCUGUAGAGAUAGUAAUUGAUUUACCUAAUUUAACUUUAUUACGAGUGUUAUCCACCCCUCUUUCAUAUCAAAAAGAUAAAUCGAAUCUUACAAUAAUUAAUUCACCUGAAAUCCAGUUAAUGUACAUUGAAAACACUAUUAUAGAACCUAAUGAUUUUUCGAUUUUCACUAAAAUAGAAACACUUACCCUACAUAAAACAAACUUUAUAAGCAAUAUUAAAAAUGUUUCAUUUUAUGAAGAGUUUGAUGUCCCUUCUAAAAGAUUUCCUCCAUUGGAAUGGUUUGAUUUGAAUUCUAAGUCGUCAAUAUCAAUUGAAAACACAGGAAUAGAAGGUACUAUUAUAGAUUAUCCUAGGAUGGGUUUAUUUCCGGAUCCUUUUUAUUUGAACGACAUUAGGGAGCCCACAAUUGAAACAACUAAAUUUGUAUUUUCACCUAAAAACCCAAACCCUGUGAAUAUGACUAUUAUUGGAAAGAAUCUUGGAUGGGAUCCAAUUGAUAAUGUAACAUUGGUCAUACCUAAUUCCAAUUUUAUAUUUAAUAAUCAAAAUCAAUCUACUGGAACUUUUUCUUUUACUACUUAUUCGAAAAUAUUAACUUUUAGUUGGUUCUUUGAUGUUACUGAAAUAAAUACUGCAUAUGGUGGAAUUAAUGGAAGAGAAUUUAGAGUUGAUAUAGUUGGCACUUUUAAUGUAUCAAUGAAUUAUACAGUAUCUGUGAAUGGAAUUGAAUACAAUAGUCUAGCCUGUUCACUUCAUAAUUUUCCAACAACAAGAUAUCCAUUAUUGAAUUUAACGAACGAAAUUCAGUCUUUGACCGCAAUAUUACAAAUUCAAGACCUACCAGUUGUAUCAGCCACUUCAAAACUUUAUGAGGAUGGUGGUGAUUUAUGGCUUUUUGGUUAUUUCCAAAAAAAUAUAACACAGGUAGUAGUAACAGUGAAUGGAUUAAAUUGUACUAUCAUUAAUGUAAAUGAUACAAGUAUACUUUGCAAUAUAUCUGGAAUUUUAAAAGUUGGAUUUGCUGAUCUCGUUGUUAUAACAAACAAUAGAAUGUUUUCAUCUAAAUCUAUUUUAAUUAUUUAUGCUCACCAAUCUCCAAUUUUUUGUGAUGAUAUUUGUAAAGCUAAUGGAAAAUGUGUUAAUAAUAUCUGUGUAUGUAACACUGGCUAUGGUGGUAUCAACUGUCAGUCCGAAUUAUAUCCUGUUGUUGUACUCCAACCAAACUCAACAUCCCCAAACAUAAACGUCGUUUCAGACAACUCCCAAUUUCAAUUCAACAUUGUGGCAAUUGAAGAAUUGGAUGAGCUUAGAAUGACCAGAAGGAGUUACCAAGUAAACCAAGCGAAAUGGACCUAUUCAACAUCGCUUAGUAAUGAUAUUGUUACCUAUAAUUAUAUUCUAAAUGACAGCAAUUCACAGUGUUAUUUAGAAGUAAAUAUAGAUAGCUUUAAAACUACCGAGGAUAUAUCAUUUGGUGGAAGGGUCAUCACUUAUCCCGCCAACUCUUUGAAGUUGUCAAUUACAAUUAGUGGCCGGUUAUUCACCUCGAAUUUAAAUACACUAAGAGUACUCCUACAGACAGAGAUGAAAUACGAUCAGUUGGAAGAUAAAUGUAAAUCAGAUAUUCAAGAGAAUCAACAAUUCGAUCAACUUCAUAACUUACAGUACUUAACGAUUACCAAGGAUGGUGUCACCUAUUUCGGAAGAUUCUUGGAUUAUGUUUUGUCAGAUAACCGACCUGCUUACUCGUUGAAUGAGAUCAUCAGUAACUCGACAACCAACAGUACUCAAUCAGUUAUUAUUGGAAUCAACAUGCCACAGAGUCAAACAACUAUUAUCGAUCCUGAUUUUUCUGUUCUGGUUGACCGAUCCAGUGAACCAACCGAUUGCAAAGAAUCCACGUCAUCAUCAAUGAAGUUGGUCGCUAUCAUCGUACCAGUUGUAGUAAUCGUUGUUGCUGCUGUGACUGGUGCAACCAUAUACACAGUUAAAAAUAGAAAAUUCCGCAAACAAAAUGUUAAAGUAGAAAAAAAACUAUCAAAAUUAAAAAAUCACGAUUGUGACCCUGAAUCCACAGAUUAUUCGAAGUUAACUAUGUCAACUUCUUGCCGGACGGCGGACGUUUACGAUUACAUGAUAAAGACUUGUUAUAAAGCAUCAAAAUCUACUACUACUUGA